AUGGCAAAGACGGAAUCAAUUGACGCUCUUCUGGCGCCUUCAUUGCGCGUUUCUAGACCUGUUGCAGCAUGUGCAAGGUGUCGUUCAGCCAAAAUCAAAUGUGACGGCAAACUACCCGCCUGCUCUGCUUGCGAACGAUCGGGUAAGGGAAGCAGUUGCUCAAGCGCCAACGAUGAAUUUGCCCGAGGCAAAGAACGAAGUUAUGUCGCAGCACUCGAGGCCGCUGCUCAAAGACUGCAAAGGAGAAUCGAAGGAGCUCGCACCGAUGCCACCGCUCGCCAACCGCGACAAGGCUCCGUUCCUUCACAACGGUCCGUUCAACCAAGAAAAAUCAGCGGUGUUCGUCGGAAGGAAGCAUCUGAUGUCGACGAGCUGGUCAGUGAUUUUGGGUUUCUGACCGUCAAUGCCACCUCUCGCGAUUUUCAUGGAUUUACCUCUACCAUGUCCUUUGCCAAACUUCUUCUUGCCACCGCUUGUAAACAAGACUUGCCUUCAAUCGAGUCAAGAGGACUGCCGCCAAGAUACGCGAUAACACCAAUGAUCAACCACUACCUGGAGAAUAUCUACGUCUUAUUCCCCUUUUUCUCAGAGACAGACCUCAUGAGCAGUCUAUCCCGCAUCUAUCAUGAGCCCUCUUUCUUGGCUUCGGCCGAACCCUUGGAUGUCUGGAAUGUCCGACUAAUCCUGGCCAUUGCUUAUGCUUCGAGGUCACAGCGCAAGGGAGAUGAAGAUGAUAAAACGGCUCUUCAACAUGUGGCAGCAGCUCGGGGUCUGGCAAGCUAUGUGCUUCAUCCAGGUUCCAUUGCUGGCCUUCAAGCUCUUCUACUGUUGGUUCAAUAUUCAUUGGUUGAUCCAGCGCACUUCGACAGUUGGUAUUUGAUUGGGAUGGCCUCUCGCUUAGUCGUCGACCUCGGUCUCCAUUGCGAGCCUCCGCCCGAAACAAAGAUCAGUAAAAGUGAGCUGGACCUCCGCAGGCGGAUCUUCCAUUGCGUCUAUGCCUUUGAUCGCCUGAUCAGUAUGGCUCUUGACCGCGCCUUUUCUUUCUCGGACGAUUCGUCAUCGGAAGUCCACUUUCCAGACUCGGCAUCGGACUCAUCCCACUCUCAGCUAUUUCUCCGCUCGACCAAACCAUCGCUCUAUCUCUUCGACAUUCGUCGAGUUCAAUCCUCUUUCUUCCAAACAACGAGGUGGUCAUCGCGGACGCAAUGGCCACUGGCCACCGCCGCCACAUAUGCCAGCUCAGUCUCCAACGACAUCCACGCCUGGUACGCCACUAUACCAGCCAACUUGUCCCAACGACAUAUUGUCUUGUUCAACCUUGAAAGACUCUAUUGCCAGAUCCUGGUGGUCUCUCCCAAUCAAAGAGUCCCCUCCAGGAGCAUGACCGAUCUGAACCGGGAGCUGGUCUUUGAGUAUUCUGCCCAAUUUGCAGAUCAGUUGCAACCAAUCACGCAAGACGUCAGUUGGCACGCGUAUCUGACCUAUGCUGAUAUUUGCCGGGCACGAUAUAUAGGCCAGAAGUUCUUGGAGGUGCUUUGGUCAGAUUUCGAUCGCUUGUUGAAGACGACUCAUGCCAUUUUAGAACAAACUAUGUCAAGUAUGCCUCUAGACAAUGCCCAACGGGCUACGAAUUGCCUUCGCCAGAUCAUUGAGAUUCUUGAUUUUGCGAGAGUCCGGUGGGGAAUGCCUGAAAUGCGAGAAAUAUUUGAGAAAGAAUCUGCAGUACUGUUUUCCCGACUCAAAGCCCGGCAAACAGAGCUUUCUCCUGUUCAGUAUACUGCCACCGCAGCCGUGACAAACGCAACCACCGGAUCUGGGGUUCUAUCUCACGGGGUCAAAGUUGAAUACUAUCCAGCUCCCAGUCAGUACCCGUGCGAGAACCCAACCUUGGCUCAACUACCUAGCCCUCCCAACGACCUAAACCCCCAAGGGGACGGGCUGCCACAACAAAUGCUCACACCCCCAGAUGAUUACGCUGGAUCAAAUAAUUACAGCUAUCCGCCCGGGUCGCUACCACGACGGAGCUAUGAGUUCUUUGGUAAUCGUAGCGGGCAGUGA